CGAGGUCCUGGCGAGAGAACACUGACCGUGAAGCGGAAUAUGAUAAUAAGUAAUGAUGGAGUUAUUGCGCUGUUUGGAUACCGACGGUAACAACGACACCACGGAGCCACACCAGGCCACGCGCUCAACUCCAAUUAGGAACUAACGGGAUUUGUGUACAUUGCAGGUUCUCUGUGGAAAGUUAAGUCAAGCAGGUUUGGAUAGCUCUUCCUGUUGUAAAGUCGGCGGUUUCUACGUUUUUGUGUUGUGAUAAAGUCCAGCUCGUUGUGUGAGAACAUCGUAAGUAUGGAUACCCUCGCUCAAAGGGAUGCGGGAUUUCCUGCGCGAGCGCCGCAAAGUUGCGGUGAGACGCGGUUACUGGAGAUUUAGGCUUUAAAAAAAAGUCGGACUGGUUAGCCCUGAAACUUGUCGUAAAACACUGGUUGGCUGGACUGAAUGCUCCUUUCCUGCUAUUCUUCUCCGCUUCGCAGCGCUUCCUGCUUGUGGUGGCCACUGCACUUAAUGGCUAAAAAUACAUAAAAACUCAAAAUGGACAGCUAAUGUUGUGGGAAUUUGGAGCACUCGAGCAUUUUACAAGUCUUGGAAUCAUUUUUAUUUUUGUCCUCGUUUUUAUUUUCUCCCAACCAGAACUCAACAGGUGGCAAUUUUAAAUGAGGGAAGAGAAGAGCUCAUUUAGCCUUAAUGAGGUGAUUCAAGAGCCUCUUAAACACAGGCCGGUGAAAUGAUAAUGUGUUCAAACCAUGUUGGGAAACCACACAGCACAUCACUUGAACAGAGAGCUGAGACAGCGCUGCCUUUUUGAGCUUUGAAACACUUAUCGCACAAAAGCAAUCUCCCAACUGAUUCUGUAUUUUCAAGUGCUUCGCAUGUAAUGUCAAGACGAAUGAAAGACACUUUCGGCUCAGUUAUCUUUGAAUCCUCUCCUGCUGCCCACUUGUUGGUUGAGCUUUUGAACACAUUUCACUGGUCCCUGAUGAACCAACAAGAAAGACAGGAAAGGGAGCGAGGCGCAAUAAAGUACUCCUUUGUACUUUAUUUUCAAACCCUUGGGGUGCAAAAUCAGAUCCAGUUUAAACAUCUGCUUGAGGCUCCAUGGAGCCACUGAAGAACAUAUUCAGUCGUGGCCCGCUGUCCAACUGGAAAAAUUUGGAACAAUCACAAAAAGGGAACUUCACCAACCCUGUGUGGACCGCCUUGUUUGACUAUGAGGCGUCCUGUAAAGAUGAGCUCACCUUGCGUAAAGGUGACCUGGUGGAAGUCCUGUCUCUGGACUCUGAGAUAUCAGGGGACGAGGGCUGGUGGGCGGGGAAGGUCAACAACAAGGUGGGCAUCUUCCCAUCCAACUACGGCUCCUUCAAGCCAAGCGGAUACGGGAAGCUUCCGGGCAGUGGCGUGGUCGGCGAGCUUGGACCGGCCGUGGUGAGCGAGUUCGAACCCGACGUGCUGGAUUUCCGGGAGCUGUGCCUGGAGGAGGUCAUCGGGGUCGGGGGCUUUGGAAAGGUAUAUCGCGGUACAUGGAGAGGCCGGCUUGUGGCUGUGAAGGCCGCUCGCCAAGACCCGGAUGAGGAUAUCAGUGUGACGGCGCAGAACGUCAGGCAGGAGGCGCGUUUGUUCGCCAUGCUCAAUCACCCCAACAUAAUUGCUUUGAAAGGCGUCUGUCUGCAAGAACCCAACCUGUGCCUCAUCAUGGAGUACGCCUCCGGUGGGGCGCUGAGCCGGGCGUUGGCGGGACGUCGCAUCCCGCCGCACGUCCUGGUCAACUGGGCAGUGCAGAUAGCCAAAGGGAUGUUGUACCUGCACAGCGAGGCCAUCGUCCCCGUCAUCCACCGGGAUCUCAAGUCAAACAACAUCCUUCUGGCUCAGCCCAUAGAGAAUGAAUGUAUGGAGGGUUUGACGCUGAAGAUCACAGACUUCGGCCUGGCGAGGGAGUGGCACAAGACCACCAAGAUGAGCACGGCCGGCACUUACGCCUGGAUGGCCCCCGAGGUCAUCAAGUCCUCCACCUUCUCCAAGGGCAGCGACGUCUGGAGCUAUGGUGUUCUGCUGUGGGAGCUGCUAACAGGAGAGGCGCCCUACAAAGGGAUUGAUGGACUCGCCGUCGCCUAUGGAGUCGCUGUGAACAAGCUCACCCUUCCCAUCCCUUCCACAUGCCCCGAACCCUUCGCUCAGCUCAUGUCAGAGUGCUGGGACCAGGACCCCCACCGCCGACCCAAUUUCAGCUCCAUCUUGGCCCAGCUGACGGCCCUGGAGCAGCAGGUGAAGGAAGAGAUGCCGCAGGACUCCUUCCACUCUCUGCAGGAGGACUGGAAACUGGAGAUCCAAGACAUGUUCGAUGAACUCCGGGCUAAAGAGAAGGAGCUGCGAUGCCGUGAGGAGGAGCUGAAGCGAGCGGCUCUGGAGCAGAAGUCCCACGAAGAGUUCCUGCGUCAGCGUGAGCAGCAGCUGGCCCAGUGGGAGCAGGACGUGUUCGAGCGCGAGCUCAGCCUCCUCAUCCUCCACCUGAACCAGAACCAGGAGAAACCCAAUGUCAAGAAGAGGAAGGGCACCUUCAAGAAGCACAAGCUUAAGUGCAAGAACGGCGAGAAGAUCAGCAUGCCCCAAGAUUUCAUCCAUAAGAUUACGGUGCAGGCAUCCCCAGGCCUGGAGAAGAGGCGGAACUCUCCUGAUUUGGGGUCAGGCUCCUCGCCCUCCUUCGGCCCACGUUUCCGUGCAAUCCAACUCAGCCCCAGCGACAACAGCAGGACGUUUGGUCUGAGCCCAGUCUGGCCUCUAGAUGCUCCCUCUCUUAAACAACCCAAUGGAGACCUGAGGUUGGGGCCCCACUGGAGGCCCCAGAGCCCGAAAAGUCCCAAAAGCCCUAAAGUCCUGCGCCUUAGUCCCCAGGAAAGCAGUCUGUCGAUGAGGGCCAAGCUCCUGGAGUCGGACAGCAAUGAGAGGGGGGAAUCCAAGGAUGAUUUUGAGGAGUACAGACCCUCCGCGCCGACCCCUCCGCCUGCUCAGAAUGGCUCCUCAGUGAAGGACAGCCUGCGGCUUCCUCUACCUCAGCGAGACUCGGUCGGCGAGGAAGGGGGUUCCUCCCCGGCUGGCUCCCCCAGGCCUGAGAGGGGUUCCCACGGUGGCCUCAUUAAGAGCACCCACCGGGCCCUGCUGGGCAGUGGCUCCCUCCUGGCCUCUGUAGGACUAGGACGCUGCCUGGAUAUUCCCCCAAGGGUGCCCCCUCGAACUAACCUCCCUUCCCUAGAAAGCCGCACCCCCUCUGAACCAGAGAUCUCUGCCCCCAUGGCCCACAUUUCAGACCCCCCUGUGGUGGAUGAUCUCAUCACCUUCUCCAACUCUGAGGUGCUGCCCAGACCGCUCUUGGAUUUAGCUCUGCAGCACCAUGAACUGAAGCCCUUGCCCCUGACGCCGCCACCGCCAAACCCCAGAGAGAGGAGCGGUCACAGGACGCCGCAGAUGCCGCACAGUCCGCACAGUCCUCAGAGCCCAACGACCCCUCUGCAGCACGGCAAGACCAGCCCGGGGGAGUGGACCCCAAGUUCCCAUUCGACUAACGGGGAGCUGGGCUGUGAGGCCUGGGAGCACAGAGCUGACAGGAGGAGGAGGUCCAGCCAAGGCCUGCACAGCUCUCAGCUUGUUUUAGACCUGCCCUUGUGCCAAGACACACAGGACUCUGAUGACAAGCCCUCUGUGCCCUUAUCUCUCCACCCCAACCGCCUCUGGAGCCCCACCCGCCGCCUGGAAGUAAGUGUCAUCCCCCGGCCCCGCCCGUCCCCCAUCCGCCCCCGCAUUGACCCCUGGAGCUUCAUCUCAGCCGGUGGUGGAAACUCAGGUGGUGGCCGCAACCCGUACCGCGUGGACAGCAGCCCUCUGGGCUACCAACCCUCCCCCACCAACCCUUUCACCAACUGUGACCCCUUCCCCUCGCCGGACUGCGACCCGUUUGCCCUCAAGGCUGACCCCUCGAGUGGCUCGGACACGGCUUCGCCUUUUGACCCCUUCUCGGCUCCCUUUUCGGCUCCCUUUCCUACAUCCCGUUCUGCCCCGUGCUCCACUAACGGCUCCCCAACACUGCCCUCAUUCCGCAUAGCACCCCUGAAUCCGGCCGACUCGCCCCUCAUUGACCUCGGCUGGGCAGCAUGCAGCAAGCCCCUAGAUGGCGCCAAAGAGAGAGCUCACCCUCGCAAGACACUGGGGCUGAAGCCUUUUAAGUCCCCAACGCAACUCAGAGACGAUAGGUUCUAAACCUGUGCCUGUGGCAAGGCGACAAAGUCCAUGACCCUUUCCACUACUAUGUCCUAGCGAAGAUUCGGAAGAAAAACGCACACCCAUCAAUCAACCCAUUGAGGGAGGUUUCCCCUGUGGGAGGCCCGGUCAUUGCAGGUCUUAUUUAUACGCCAGCCUGCUGCUUUGGAAUCCUGAAAGCCAGUGAAAAGGUGGUACAUUUGAGUGGGAAAGCUGCCUUUGAACCAAUAGCUGGUGCCCAUUUCAUUCUCCCCCUUUCUAUCUUGGUUUCUCUAUCCCUUUGAAGGAGCAGAACACAGAUCACUAGCCCCAUCUUCAGAUUCUAUCAGACUGCUCAUAUCACCCGCUUUCAUCUCCCCCCUUGCCUUUGAAGCAUUGUGACAAUGCAGAGGUGGAUAAGGCGACUUGCACAGCUUCAUCUGCCUCUACCUCUCUGCAGACUGAAAGCAUUCAGGACAAUGGAAAAAUUGGAGUGCCUUAUUUCGUGAAGUGUUUUUACUAUAUAUCUUUUCAAGAUUUCUUGAAUGGUUAAUCUGGUGCGUAGGGAAGAUGCUAUGAAUUUGGCUUCAAUUUGCAAAUCAGCUUAGCGCUGCUGUGGAUGAAAACGUCAUGUGCGUGUGUGCGUGUACGUCUAGACUCAUUGUUCAAGGAAAGCUUACUGUUUUUGUUUUUUGUUUCAAACAGCAGCUGCCUGUUGCAUUAUGGGAGAAAGCACUCAGAGUGGAUAUUCCAGGCCACUCGUGAAAUCCAAGACAAAUCCAUGACCCAGACAUUCCACUUGGAAGCAGAUAAAAUUCCAGUCACAUUCCCCUUGAAAUGCCAGGGGUUGGACAGAUUCAUUGUGCUGGCAGGCGACACAGCGCCGGAAACAGGACGGGGGAGCCCUCUGCAUUCCCUUCAUAUGCCAAAGAAUGCCACUGUGACAGUGUAAGGGCUGGGACAAAGAGUGUUUGCAAAUACAUUGUUUUUACCUCCAUGGAGUGCCAGACGGGUGGGGGCUGCCACACUGGAUGGUGCAGAAAAAGUUGAAACAAUCACAGAUCGGAUUUAAACACAACUUUAAUACACUUUUUUGUGAUCUUUUAAAAUAUAAAGGCUGUCUUAUCACUACCCGUCUAAUGCUGUAGGAAGGUCCAACCAAAUACUUAAAAGUAUUUGCCAGUACUACAAUACAUCUAUAUGGAAGCUUCAUUGAAUAUUAAUUUGUUUGUACAGUCCACCGGAGUAGCAGUGGCCUCGCAAAGCCAGCCCAUGAUUUGACAGACACUUAACUUAAACUGACUGGACGAACAUGCCAUAACAUAACUGU